AUGGUGGAACAUGUUCGGAGGCGCCGGCGCAAUUGCCUCAUCGCUGUAUCUUCCGCGUUAACGCUUGCCAGUCUAUACUGUCUUCCAGAUGGAGACGGGACCUCUCGAGACGAGCCAGAGGCAAAAAGGAUGAGCAAAGAUUUGUCUACUGACGUGCCCUCAUGGAAUGGCGAUCCGAGUCUCUUCCUGACCUUCGAGACAGCGUGCCGUUGGUAUGAGAAGACUCUCAAGGAAGGCGAGCGACGAGGUGCGGCAGCGAGAGUGUGGAGCAAGCUUUCAGGGCCAGCCCGCUCAGUGGUUCGCCGCCUGAGCCCAGAUGAGUUUGAUGUGCCGGGCGGUCUGGAGAAGCUUCUCGCAGUUCUUCGUGCCUCUCCCCUGCAGACCUUGCCGAUCCCGGAUUCCUUCAGCAAGCUUGAGCGUUGGCACGUUCUCCGUCGCAAGGAAGGCGAAUCGAUUCCAAAACUUAUCGUUCGCGAGGCUGACCUUUUUCAUGAACUUCAGCUGAGUCUUUUGCGGUCAAGGGCGAGAUCGGAUGUGAUUGAAGGACCUCUUCCUGCGAGUUCUGCGCCGACCUCGCCACCUGCGGCCGCGACAGCCUCUCCGAGUUCAGCUAAGGAACAAGCAGCGAAGGAGGCCACAGAGGAGGCGUCAGAUCUUCCCGAACCUCCUCCUGAGCCAGAACGUGCAGCCCCUCUUUCGGUGCCGAGGCCUUCUUCAGUGGGUUUCUUCGAGGACGAAUUCAGGGGAUAUCGUCUUCUUAAGGCGGCCGGGCUGAACAACGACCAGAGGAUGCAGAUUUUAACUUUGACUUCAAACUCGGUUGCCUUCGAGCGAGUGAGGCAAGCUUUGCGUGCACUUUUUGGUGACUUGGAGGAGACAGGCCAUCAUCGUCCUUCUCGUCGCCGUGGCUUGUGGUGGGCCGAGGAAGCUUGGCCCAGCUGGGCUGAUGAAGAGGCCUGGCUUGUGGACGAUGCUUGGGGGCACUGGCCUUGGGAAGAGGCCGAGGCCUAUUGGGGUUCCGAUUGGGGACCUUUGUGGGAAGAUUGGGGCCCCGAGGGGUCGCAUGAGACAGCGGAGGAGGUAGCUGACAUGGGCACUUCGGAGCUUGCAGAGCAGGAGGGUGCCGAGGAAGAUGCCCUCGCCAUCCAGGAGCAGGAUGCAGCCAUUUUGCCCGCCGAGGCCAACCGUACUUUGGCGGAAGUGAGGGCCGCGAUACAGAAGGUCCGGGCUUCCCGUGGCUAUAAUCCCUUGGGUGGAAAAGGCGAUGGCAAGAAAGGCGCCAAGGGAGGCAAGCCGAAGGGCAGGCCGACUGGCAAGUCAUGGGGCAAAGGCGGAGAGAAGUCCAGCAAGGGCUCGGGAUGCCUGAUAUGUGGAUCCUCUGGGCACUUUUUCCGAGACUGCCCUCGGCGCUUCAAGGGCGGUGGCAAGACUGGAGAAUUCAAGAGGAAAGGAAAGUCGUCGUACUGGGCCGAGCCGGUCUACGCGAUCUGCCACCUGACCGGUGACUUUAUGGAGCCGGGGCCUCUCGGCGUGGAUGGUUCCCGGGGCUUGGACGAGUUCGAGGCCUACGGGAUUCACCGCGAGAUCGCCGAGACCUUUGGCACGAUUCCCCGGGGCGACAUGUACCAGACUGGCUUCGAGACCUUCGACACGAUUCCCCGGGACGAUAUGUACCAGGGUGGCCUCGAAACCUACAGCGCGAUUCCGCAGAGUGACAUGUGCCAGGGUGGUUCCGAGACCUUUGGUGCAGGUGGUGACACAGGUGGCCGUUCCGUUUUUCCAGUUGACCUACAAAACGUAGAGCCUGAGAGCGAGCCUGUGGAGCAUGCUCUUGUGAUCAGCUUGGAGUCAGCCUUCUUGAUGACUUCAGGAGCCAAGGCGAGUAUCAACUAUGAGCAUUUGUGCUUGUGGUUCCGUGACCUUGGUGGUGAGCUGUGGCAGGCGGACCUGCUUGAGACCCAGUCGGGUCACCUGAUGAUUCCGGUCCAAGGCCAGCUGUACGAUCUUAGCAGGUUGAGGAGCUUAGCCUUGCCCAGCUUCGCCUUCGGCGGUCCCAUGGGGCAGUCCAAGGAGAAGGGGCCGGCCCCGUUCGACGAUCCGCGCCAGACGGGCUGGCCGUGCUUCGGUCGCCACAAGGCCGGGGGCUUGAAGCAGAACCAGUUUGGACGGUGGCAAACAUGCGUGCGAUGCGGCCUCCGAGUCUUCUACGAGACCACGAAGACGGGCCACGGCAAGGACCGCUCGGCUGGCGCGACCGUGGACAUCGUGGCCCUGGCGAUGGACGACCUGCAGCAGACGAUGGAGGAGCUCCAGGCAGGCGUCUUCAACAGGGACAGCGAGUGGUCCUCCAGACCUACAUGGAGGAGCGCCAGCCAACAUGUGCCAAGGAGCGUCGCCCUGCCGGAGCCGCGGGCCAAGACCAAGCCGAAGGAGACGGAAGUGGAGCAGUGGAGCCCGAAAACCCCUGGAGGCCCUCAACACCAUCGAGGACCACUCAAGGCCAAGUUGGAGAAGGCUCUGCUCAAGAAGAUGGGUGGAAGUGGCGACGAAGAGGGCGUGGAGCGCCCCCGUGUUGAUCGUCAGGAUGUGGAACCGGCGGUGUUUGGGUUGCCAGUGAGGAGGAAAUGUUUCACGACCGCGACACGGCGGGCCAUGCAUGCUGCUGGGGCCACUUACUUUACAGCGCUUCUGUGCGCCACGACAGUUUUGAUGAAUUCGUUACGACCGGCGGAGAUGUGGGAGAUCAACGGUGUGAACCCACAUGGGCACUUUGCCACCGCCGCGGCCGACAUCGGCAUCACCUAUGAGGGGUUCUAUGCGGACCACGGGCACCAGGUGGAGAAGCAGAAUGUGACGAAUCAGGUGAUUGCCGAGCUCUACGCAAAGACGCCGGCCUUUGUGUGGUUUGCGAGUCCGGUGAGACAUUGCGUGGCCAAAGGAGCUUGCGCUCAACUGGAUGGUGGGCGCCACUUUGCUUGGGAGUGGCCCUACGAGGUGAAGUAUGGCCACGAUUGUGCGGCUACGCAGAUGAUCUUCGACCACGCCCGAAACCUUGGGUGUGACCUGUACGACUUCGUGCUGGAUGGCUGCGCCUAUCCUGAGGCGACUGAGAUACAUGGCAAGAGAUGGCGCAUCAUCACCUCGAGCCCCUCGGUGGCCUCUAUGCUAAAAGGGCGGCGAUGCCCGGGACACAAAGAACAUCCUCCUGCACCCGGCCGAGUUUGUCUUCCUCGGUAUCUAUGCAACGAUGUGAUGGAAGGAGUUCUAUGGGAACUUCGGGGCGAGGGACCGUCUCUUCGAGAAGUUGUGGAAGCCUGGGCAGCAGGCAAAGAAUUUUCAGAUGCGGGCUACACCUUGGGUUCUCCGACCUCAUUGCCUUCGGAGGAACCUACGGGCCGGCGACUUCAACAGGUGAAAGAGAUGAUGCUUCGAGUACAUCGUGCCUCGGGGCAUUCUUCCUUCCACAACCUCUCCAGACUUCUCCUUCGUCGAGGCGCUCCUGAAUGGGCCGUUUCCCUUGCAAAGAGUUUGUCUUGUGCAGAAAGCGAGGAGUCCCGCAGAAAAGUUGGGCCUCCACAAGCUAGUCUAGAGGAGCCUGCGGCUUUGUGGGAAGUGCUGGGACUUGACGUCUUUGAAGUGGAGCACGUUGUUGAGAAAGUUGCCAUGAAAUCCAAGUUUCUGGUCAUGGUUGAUAGAGGUUCGCGGUUCACACUGGUGUCAUUGCUUAAAACUUUCAAGGCCGAUGAAGCUUGGGAACCGUCCACCAUGGACAUCAAACGAAUGAUUGUGAGGACCUGGCUUGGGGCCAAUCCGUCCCCAAAGUGGUUCUUCACAGAUUCAGCGGCAUAUAUUUCACAAGCCGCGAAAUGGUGGAGUUUGCAUCGCAUAGUGGAGUCGGGCUACUUGUUGCCCCUGCUGAAGCCCACUGGCUGCUUGGUGUUGAAGAACGGACUAUUCAGGUUCUAA